AUUGUCUCGUUAAUCUCAGUUUCGCAGGAAACGAGGAAUUGUCAACUGUCGCGAAGACGUGGAAAAAAAAUUUGAUAAUGCCAUUUUUUUCAAGUGCCAUUUUUAUAAAAAGAUUACUAAAAUUUUAGUGAAAAAAGAAACUUUGUUUAGUGUCGAAAAAAUACAAUGAAAAUAAAAUUACACAUAACGAUGUUUUUUCUGGUUCGGUGCCAAUUUGUCAUUGUUCUUGCGAUGGCGUCAACACCUGCCCAACGAAUAAAUGCAAUGGUUGUUAGCGGGAGUCCUAAUCAGCGAUUCGUUAACGAACACUCGAACCGAUCCGCCACCGACCUAGAAUUUCUUGAUUACAUAAAUCCAGAAGAAAAACGUAAAACUAUGAUGAUCAACUUUACCUCGGAAGAAAUAAAUCCAGCACAAAAUCAACGAUCGAUUUCAAUGACCCUGGAGAAAAUGCUAAUUGAGAGGGCAAACGCGUUUGAUUAUUGGAAUAAAAAGCAUCGGGAAAUUACAACCAACUAUAUCAGAAAAAAGACUGAUGAUGAUCGUCUUCGUUCAAGAUUCUUCGUUAACCAGAUUUUUGAACGCGAAGGGAAUGAGAAACGACGACCCUUGACGGAUUUCAACGAGAAAAGAAGAAGAAUAAGAAGAAGAAGCGUCACUGAAAAUAGAAAAGAGCUUCUUCACUCUACUGAAACUCUGUCCUUGAAAAAGAGAGCAACCGGAAAUUCUACUCCAGAGAGUUCCAGUAGAAAGGAGACGACGGAAAUACUCAAUCGGAAGAUUGACGUUCGAUCGCACAGCACUCCUGAUCUUGAAGAUAAAGAAACUAUUGGCUUAAAAUCUGUAAAGGAAAACAAAUUGUUAUUUGAUGUUGUACAGCCAUUGCAUCAACAAACAACAAAUUCAAAGGCAAUUCGCACUCAACACUUACAAACUAUAAGAAAUGAAGAAGGUGAAGGUCCACAAGCAUUGACCCUUCAUCGAUUUAAUUCACACCAAUCUAAACAUUUGCUCACUCCAUUUACAAGACAGAGAAAAAGAAAAUCACGUUUCUCAAGGCAACAUCAGCAACAACAUUCCGCUCAACUAAAUGCUGCUGUUGCUUAUCAAAGAGCACUCCUUCAUUCCUUACAGCUUGAAUCGGCUGACCAUUCAACUAUAAUGAAAAAAAAGAUUCCAAUUUUUGGUCUCAAUAAAUUUAAUUUUAAUCCAAUUGAAAUAAAUGCCAAUAAAAAUGAGGAUGGCAAAAAUUUUGAUUUUUCACUUAGUGAGGGAAAUUUUCGUAAAAUACCAAGUGAACAGGUCGCAUUUAUUCCACCGAAAAUUAUUUAUGAGACAAGAAUACGACCAGCGCCAUUCAUGACUGAUGAUGCAAGGCAAAAAGAGUUUGACGAUAUUAACAAUUUUUUUACAAGAGCUCCUAAUUUGGUUGGAAGUGGAUUUGAUUUUAUUGAUUCUAAUCGAGAGCAACACAAUUCGAUUGCAAUUAAAGACACAAUUCCAGUGACCGAAAAAUCAAAAGAUGAUGAGACUUCAUUUACAACUGAACCAUCAUCUCAAGUUUCAUUACCACCUGUCGCUAACGAAAUUAGCAAUCAUAGAUAUGAAGCAGCGUUGCCGAUUAUCAAAAGUGUUCCUUUGAAUCACAAGUUUCACAAUGAAAAUGUAGAUGAAACGAAAGGUACUCCACCUCAAUUAGAGUACAGUGAACUAACGGGGGUUACAUCGGAGUUUAGUCAAAAGGAAGAUAUACACAACUCGAACAGCAGAAACAUCUAUCCGGCGAAUGGAGGCAAGUACAAUUUUGGUUAUAGAGUUAGUGACCACGAGACCGGAAAUGACUUUGGUCAUGAGGAGCAACGGGACGGUGAUUUUACCCGAGGACGAUACCACGUGUUGCUUCCUGACGGAAGAAUACAAAAAGUCGAGUAUCACGUUAAGGAUGGAUAUCACGCCAAAGUAUCCUAUCAUUAUGAUCAUUGAGAUAAGAUUCUUGCCCGUCAAUUACAAAAAAAAAAAAAUAAAUCAAUUUUCUUAAAUCAAAAAAAAAAAUUACUUACUACCGGUUUUUAUUUUUCUUACAAAAAACAAUGUACUCUUCCGGCAGGUAAAUUUAGCACUUAAAACUUCCGAAAAAGAAUCUCGAUAUUAUUUUCUAAAUCACAAUAAGUAUAAAAAAAAAUAAUUAUUACCUAAUUAAUAUUAAUACAAGUAAAAUAUAGUUUUAAUUUUCUCUUCUAUUUAGAUAAAUACAAUUAUUAUUGUGAAAUAAAAUCUCUCGCAAACGUUUUAGUUUAUUUAUAAUUGUGAAGUGUUUCUAACUUUUACGACAAAAUUAUAAUAAGUCUUGUAUAUAUGUUAUUUAAUGCGAUCAUGAAACAAGACAUUUUGCUCAUUAUAUUCCACGCGUUAUUUAAUUACAAUCUGUUUUUUUUUUAUGUGUAUAUGUGUAGUUAAGUGAAUCAUGUAAUCAUCCCUCAUUUCCAUGAACAUGUAUACAUUAUAUUUAGAGCGAUCUGAAUUUUUUUUUUUUUCCACCGUCAAAUCUUCCCUCUCUGUUAUAAUAGUGUAUUUCACAUUAAAAUUGUGAAUAGCGCGCCAACAUUGUUAACAAAGAAAUGCUAUCAUGUCGCAAUCAUCAGACUCGUGAGAAAAUUUUUAUCUCGGUCACGAUGUCUUAAAAAAAAAAAUAAUAAUAAUUGAACUCAUCUUCACUGUGUA